UUUAUCCUGACCUUUUUUAUCACAUGAGACGAAGACACUGUGACUUGUGAUAUCGACAUAAUGAACAUUUGUCAUAUAAUUUAUUGAAAAAAUGAUUUAUCAUUCAUUAUAAUAAGAAACACAAACAUUUUUAUUUAGUAGGACAGUUUUAAUUAGUUCAAGUGUAAAGUUAUUUUACAACAAGAUAUUUCAAAGUGUUAUGAUAAUAUUAUAACCUAUAUUUUAUAAAUUUCAGAUUAAUAAUAAAUAAAAUAUUAACAAUAUUAACAAUAAUAAUGAUGAAACACGAUUUUCCAGUUCUGAAAAAUGACAGAUUUUUAAAAGCUGCCCGUGGAGAAGAAGUUGACAAGAUACCAGUAUGGAUAAUGAGACAGGCUGGAAGAUAUUUACCUGAAUUUCGGGAAUUUCGAACCAAGCAUGAUUUUUUUUCAAUUUGCCAGACACCAGAAUAUGCAUGCGAAGUUACUUUGCAGCCGAUCAGAAGAUUUGAUCUUGAUGCUAGCAUAAUUUUUUCUGAUAUUCUUGUCAUACCACAGGCAAUGGGUCUGACAGUUGAAAUGAGACCCGGAGUAGGUCCAGUACUGCCAGAACCGAUCGCCACUCCAGGUGACAUGUCAAGGUUAAAGAAACCAGACGUGGAAAAAGAUCUCGGGUACGUUGGAGAAGCAAUCACGCUAACGAGACACAAAUUGGAGGGUAAAGUCCCUCUGAUUGGAUUCACAGGUGCUCCAUGGACAUUGAUGGGUUAUAUGAUCCAGGGAGGUGGAAGCUCUACAAUGGCACAAGCUAGAUCUUGGCUUUAUAAAUAUCCUCAAGAAUCUUUAGAGCUUUUACAAUUGAUCACUGAUAUCAUUAUUGAUUAUUUAGUAAUGCAAGCUAAAUCUGGUGCUCAGGCGCUACAAGUAUUUGAAAGUCAUGCAGAUUAUUUAAAUGACGAACUUUUUGAUAUUUAUUCACUGCCUUUUCUCAAAAAAAUCAGUGAACAAGUAAAACUCAAAUUGGAUGAAUUAGAAAUUCCUAGAGUUCCAAUGAUUGCAUUUCCAAAAGGCGCUACUUUAAAUUCUUUGGAACGUCUUGCUAAAACAGAAGCCUACGAUGUGAUAGGAAUUGAUUGGACAGUGGAGCCAUCAGAUGCAAGGACACGUUUAGCAAAGGCAACUGUUCAAGGAAACAUGGAUCCAUGCGCAAUGUACGCAAGUGAAGAGCAAGUUUACGAGCGUGCAAGAAAAAUAGCAUCACAGUUUAGUAAAAAGGGGUAUAUUGCUAAUUUGGGUCAUGGAAUCCUUCCAGAUACGCCGAUUGCAUCAGUGGAAGCUUUUAUACGUGGUGUACAUUCCUCGUAACUUUAUUUGUUAUUUCAAUAUUAAUAUUGCACGACUCUUAAUUCGAAGCAUUAAAGAGUGCUUUAAGAUCGAAAAAUUCUGUUUGCCUCUUCCUAUUUUUCGCUACUGUUUUUAUUGUUACACUCUUGUUAGUCGACGGAAAUUGACUAAGCUGCACAUCACCGGAUAGAGAAUUUAAUAAGAAAUAAUUCUGUUACUUUUAAAGACCGAUUU